AUGUCGAAGGUCGUUCGCAGUGUCAAGAACGUCACAAAGGGAUACUCCUCGGUGCAGGUAAAGGUCCGAAAUGCUACCAGCAACGAUCCAUGGGGCCCGACGGGCACUGAUAUGUCCGAGAUCGCAGCCAUGACAUUCGGGAGCCCGAACGAGUUCUACGAGAUCAUGGAUAUGCUCGACAAGCGCCUCAACGACAAAGGAAAGAAUUGGCGCCAUGUGCUCAAGUCAUUGAAGGUGCUGGAUUACUGCCUGCACGAGGGUUCCGAGCUAGUGGUGACGUGGGCCCGGAAGAACGUCUAUAUCAUCAAGACUCUGCGCGAAUUUCAAUACGUUGACGAGGAGGGCAGAGAUGUGGGCCAGAACGUCCGUGUGGCCGCGAAGGAGCUCACGGCAUUGGUGUUGGAUGAGGAUAGACUACGCAGCGAACGUUCAGAUCGCAAACUCUGGAAGACCCGUGUGAGCGGACUCGACGAUGGAUAUGGUGGAGGAAGCAGCGAGCCGUCUCGUCGGGAGCGCCGGCGACCCCGCCAUGACGACGAGGAUGAUACCGAAUACCGAUUGGCGAUCGAAGCUAGCAAGGCCGAGGCCGAGGAGGAGCGCAAGCGACGGGCGAAGAAUGCCAACAAUGAUGAUGACGAGGAUCUGGCCAAAGCGAUCCAGCUUAGCCGGGAAGAAGAGGAUCUGCGGAAGCGUGAACUGGAGGAAAGCAAUGCACACUCGCUCUUCGAUGAAACCCCAGCCCAGGUUCAGCCUACCGGCUUCAAUCAGGGUUACCAGCAACAAGGUGCUGUCGACUGGUUCGGCAACCCCAUUAAUGUCCAGCAGCCGAUGACGACUGGCUUCUUGAACAACCAAUAUGCGCAGCCCACGGGAUUCCAAGGCCAGCCAACCGGCAUGGCUAACCCAUAUGCCAAUGGCUAUCAGCAGCAGCAGCAGCCCUCUGUCUUUGACCAAAACCCCUACGGACAACCCCAGAACAACUUCUUGCAGCCACAAGCUACCCUCCAACCCCAGCAGACUGCCUACAACACCAACAAUCCCUAUGGAACAACCGAUGUUUUCGGUCAGCAACAGCAACAGCAACAGCAACAGCCCCAAGAAAACUACCUGUCCGCGGGAACCAACAACCCUUGGGCUGCAAACCAGCCUGCCGAUGCAUUGAAACCCAUGCCAACUGGCUCCAACAAUCCCUUCGCCCAACGCACCCAGCCCCAGUUCACCAACCAACCAGCAAAGGCGGGCCCACCAUCUCUUAACACUUUGGCCGAAGAUCGUGCCACCUCCCAAUUCAACAACAACCAGUAUAAUGCUAGCCAAUUCGCUCAGCAGCCCACCCAGUCCAACCCUAUUGCCAACUUCCAGGCCCCCCAGCCAUCAAAGAGUGUUCCGCCCCAGCCUGCAGACCCUCACCACGCCCGUCUCAAUGCGCUUCUCGCAUCAGGCGAAGGCCAGGACACCUUCGGCAACGUUGGCGACUUGCGUAUCCCUGCCCAGCACACGGCUCCGGGUACAUUCGUCAACUCCGCCGGUCAGGGUUUGGAUCGUCUGCACGCCGCCCAGACUGGCAACAACCCCUUCUUCGGUCAGCAGUACACUGGUAUGCCUCAGCAGACCGGUUUCAUGCAACAACAGCCCACCAACAACCCUUGGGGCGCUCAGCAAAGACCGCAGCAGCAUGGCGGUAGUCUGAUUGACCUCUAA